ACAAGGCCGCAACAGGGAAAUGCAGAGGGCGCUGGGGGAGGGAGUUCGGGGGUUAAAAGGGUCGGGGCUGAAGUUGGAGGCAGCUAGCGGCUGAAGCUCGGUGCCCCAGGCCCCUCACCCAGGCCCGGUCCACACUGCUCCCCACCCCGGAGCUGCCAUGUGGCCCCUGGCGGUGGUGAUCAGCCUCCUGACCGUGACCCUGUCAGGCGGCAUCUCUCGGGAGUACCCCAAGAUCAUCAAUAACACCAAUGGUACCAGCGGGUUGCUGCCAGGUGGCUAUACCUGUCAGCCCCACUCUCAGCCCUGGCAGGUAGCCCUGCUAGUUCAGGGGCGGCUGCUCUGUGGGGGAGUCCUGGUCCACCCCAAAUGGGUCCUCACUGAUGCACACUGUCUGAAGGAGGGCUACAGAGUCUACCUGGGCAAGCACGCCCUGGGGCGUGUGGAGGCUGGAGAGGAGGUGAGGGAAGUGGUCCGCUCUAUACCCCACCCGAAAUACCAGGUCAGCCCCACCCACCUGAACCAUGACCAUGACAUCAUGCUUCUGGAGCUGCAGACUCCGGUCCAGUUCUCCAGCCACAUCCACACCAUGCUCCUCUCGCACAGAGACUGCCUGCCCCCUGGCACCUGCUGCCGGAUGUCAGGCUGGAGCACCACCACCAGCCCCCAGGUGAGUUACCCCCAGACCUUACAGUGUGUUAACAUCCAGCUGCACUCAGAUGAGGAGUGUCACCAGGUCUACCCAGGGAAGAUCACUCCCAACAUGCUGUGUGCCAGUACCGAUGAGGGCGGCAAAGACUCCUUUGAGGGUGACUCUGGGGGCCCUCUGAUCUGUAAUGGCACCCUCCAUGGCAUCAUCUCCUGGGGGGACUUCCCCUGCGGCCAGCCCAGCCGCCCUGGUGUCUACACCCACGUCUCCAGAUACUUGCAGUGGAUCUGGGACACGAUUCACAGACACAAAAGCCGGGAGCAGAAAUGGACCCAGGGGUCAGAGUGAGAACCAUGCUGCCCUCCCCGCCUCCGCCUCCUCUCUCUCACCAGGCCCUCCCUCCUCGGGCCUGCCAAGAGGUUCUUUUGUUUGCACCCGGAUCCAAGUUCGAGUUCAGCUGAUGGUGCACGCUUCAGAAGCACACUGUUGCUGGUACCAUGGCACUGCUGAAAACACCUCAUCCCCAGAUUCCCCCAUCCCCUGUUCAGACAGUGCUCCAGCUCUCCCAAUGCCCGAGUCCAUCCCAAUGUGAUUAUUCUGUCUGGGGAAACAGUCCUAAGUACCUGCACUGGCCUGGGAGGCAGCUAAGCAAGUAGGUAGUAGGCCUUGCCAUGUUCCCUGUCAGAGAGUCCAGGGCACCAGGUAGUGCUCAGUGCUGCUCUCUCUCUCUCUCUCUCUCUCUCCCUC